AUGGGAAUCUGGACAACUGUUAAAAGCUCACCUGCGAAUUCACCUAUAAGAUUUGAGACUGAAACCGGCAAAACACUCAGCCAUGCAGAUCUCGUGAAUAGCAUUCAGGAAGCUCGUCACGGAUACUGGUACUGGACAGCGCCGUCUGCACCCGAGGGCCAUACCCAGACCAUGCAAGCCUCACAAUCCCACGACAGCGUUGAUCGCAUUUAUUAUGGCCGUCGGAUUAUGUUAACUGAAGACGGAUCUCAGGUUAGUCUUGACUAUGCUCUGGACAAACCUGAUCUGAAGCAAUGGGACGAGGACGUCAAAUACGCUCCCCAAGAGGGCCUUCCUCGCUAUCCUGUCCGCACCCGCUACCUCAAGCCUGCAGAAACAGCUGCUCGUGAUAACCCAAAAGAGACUCGUCCUCUAGUUAUUCACUUGCAUGGUCUUACUGGUGGAUCGCAUGAAAGUUAUGUGCGCUCUACAAUUGUGGCUAUUCGUGAACACAACGAUGUUGAAAACGUUGUCUUGACUGCUCGUGGCUGCAACCGAUCUCCGAUCACUACCCCACAGCUUUUCUGUGCUCUUUGGACUGACGAUCUGCGUUACUACCUUUCUAUUGUCAAGAACGCCCAGCCCAGCCGUCGCAUUUACGCGGUCGGCUACUCACUUGGUGCAGCUAUUUUGGCCAAUUUCUUAGGCCAAGAAAGUGACGUUAGCCCAUUGAGUGGUGCCUGUGUCGUUAGUGCGCCGUGGGAUCUCUACGUCAACCAUCUCACUCUGCAUGAUUCGAUCAUCGGCCACAACGUGUACGAACCCGCGAUGGCAGCGAACUUGAACCGGCUGAUUCGCAAUAACCAAAAGGUGCUCGAGCAGAAUCCCGUCUUUAAGGAGCGCGCCCAUGCCGGACCUGCUCCAAAGUCGGUGUGGGAGUUUGACGACCGCUAUACUGCCCCCUUCUUCGGCUUUGACAGUGUAUUCGACUACUAUCGUUCUGCGUCGCCUGUUCACCGCUUGCGCAAUAUUCGCACCCCCUGCCUAAUUCUUGCUGCCGAGGAUGAUCCUGUCUGUGGUGACGCGGCCGUACCUUAUGUUGAUGCGUCCCGCAAUCCUUACACCCACGUUGUGAGCACCACCACGGGGGGUCACUUGGGCUGGUUCCCUCUGAAAGGUCAAAGGUGGCACUCGAAGGUUGUCGCCAAGUAUAUUCUUGCUAUGGAGACUAUUGAUACUCGUAAAGUGCAUGCAGAGUUCAGUUACCCGGCCCGCCGCUUUUUCAACGGAUCUCGUCUCGUAUAUUAA